CCAUAAUGGGCAGACCUACGCUGAGUGUAUUGAGAAGAGAUUUCAUGUUAAGUGUAUUGCAGCUCAGAGAUCUUAAAUGAUUGAAGAAUGGAUGUUUUGUUUUUGUUUAUUUUUGCGACAAGUGUAAACACUGUAGUUCACAGUUAUUUCAUUGAUGAACAACAAACGCCAUGGGGAAACAAUACGUGUCAAUUAGCGGUGCCAAGUCUCAACUACUCGCACAACACCCUGUCUUUAGAUUCAACCGAAAACAUUUCAAAUCUUAACAUAUCAAGACAUGGUGUUUGGAUUGGAUAUUUUCAAGCCCGGGUGACCUACACAUACGUCGGUUGCAGUGUCAUUAUACGGGAUGAAAGGGGUAUAUUUAAUGUGACCAGCCUUGGAGACUGUAUGUCUGCUAGCGGUUGCAAACUAUUUGGAAUAUGGAAUUCAAAAAUGGGCCUUAAAUGUAUGUGUGCUACAGGAUUGCACAUAACUUCAGCAGCAACAGAAUGCAAUACAUCUUGUACCCAUGCGGAAUUAACAUAUCCUUGUGGUUCAGAGACAGCCAAUCUUUUAUCAGUAUAUAACACAGAAACUGACACAGUUACUGACAACAGUCGUUAUAGUUGGACUAACAGCAGCUGUCUGUCUUUCAAUCCGAAAUUUGAGGAAGUGAAAAGCAAAUUUAAAUGGACAACAUGCGAAAAUCAGUACAUAAAAGUUAUGUGUAGUGAUAGAAACUUCACAGAUGACGCCCAGACGGCCGUUGUUCUACAACAAACCGAAGGGAAUUGGAUAUCGGCGUCUACAUUUUGUUUGAGGAAACAUCUAUACCCUGCAACGUAUAAAAGCAUAAUCAACAAAAAGUUCUUACCCGCGGAAUUCUUUGAUCAGUGGACUGGGAUAGUUCGGAAAAUAUCCAUCAUAAACACAAACGACAGCAACAUGCCAUAUAUACCUGAUUCGGUCGCUAUUCUGUUGCAAAAUGGUACUGUGGUGUUUAAAGACGAUCCUGAAUACAGACAAACAUUAUGUCAACAAUACCAUGCUACGACACAUUCAUCCCAAACGACAUUAAGCUACACAUCGACGUCGCAAUCACCAACACUGAACACAACGGCUCCGGUACUGGACAGAACAUCGACGUUGGGUAAAGACGAAGACCAUGUUACGACACCUGCAUCUCGCAUGAUAUCAACAGGUUUAACGGCUGCUGUACCUGAUAUAUCAUCGACCCUAGACAAAGACGCAGGAGGAUCUACGGUUGGUCUUGCAGCUGGUGUUUCUGUGUCUCUAGUCUUACUUAUCGUUAUUACGAUUAUUGUGCUGCUGAAAAGGAGGGGAAUUAUACCAAUGUGCUACACGCACAAUGAUGAAACAAGCAAUCAUACCGCCUCUACGACUACAGACAAAUCAUUCAUAUCAACACCAAUACUUCAAUCUACCACAGACACAAUGCACGAUUUGACAGCCUCAAAUCAUUCUUAUUUUGUACUUGAAAAGAAAUUUGACGGAGUUAACAAUGAUGAUGCCGAUCAGUAUGCUGAGCCAGAUACGACCGAUGCUGACCAUUAUGAUUUGACCGUAACGUCGGAGAAAGAUACUGAUAACGAUUACGACACAACCGAUGGCAAUAAUCCUUUUACAGCAACAGGAUUGGCUAAUGAAAAUAACAACUAUAACAAAGUCGCUAUUACUCGAACUGAUGAGUACGAUCAUAUUCAGCAAAACGGAAGGCUGCAAAAGCCUGUGAGACAAGCUGUAAACGAAUACGAUAUUUCAAAUAUUGACACAGACAGCAAACGCAAUAUAAGCUUUGAGGAUGACAAAGACCAUUAUAGCCAUUUGAAUAGACAACAUGUGAACAGCUCCGGCACAGAUAACGUUUAUGGAAAGCCGGAAACAGAUGGCGACAGUGCAUAUGAUACGUUUGGAGCUCUGAAAGGUACCCAAAAUGCAGCUGAAAAAGAGCAGAAAAAUGAUUAUGCCGUUAUUAAAAAAAGUGGUAGAGUUUUAUGCAAGUAAAACACUAAGAAAUGUUAACAAACUAAUAAAGAUUAUUAGAAAAAACAACAUGUAUUUCGUAAUAUAAUUAGAUAAUUACAUUAACCAGGAUUUCGUAAAACCCCAUUCUUAUAGAUUAGCCCAUUCUCUUUUAUCACAUUGAUACUUGCUUAUGUGUUGUGUAUCUCUUUCUUAGAGCAAUAAACUUUAGGGCACGUGGCUUAGGCAUGACUGGCACUAAACGGGAGAUCGUAACGUAAAAAACUAUGUACACAGACAACGCAUGCGUAUUUAUUAUUGUUUGUUUUACCGCCACGGAACAGCCAGCGAAACAUGAUUUUUGUUAUUCAGGGACCGGUAGCUCAAAACAUAAAUAUAACGCUACGUUACCUUAACAGUCCGUUAAGUCCUUAACGGAGCUUAAGUUAACGCUCCGCCAAAAUCAGGUUGCUCAAAGAUUCUUUACGCUGCCGUUAAAUUACACCAGUCUUAUAGCCUUUACGCCUGUGUUUAAUCCUUAACUGUCAGUUAAAUUCCUACUGACUGUCCAAUAUGAGUCAUUCUCCUUCCAAGAUUGCUGACUUGUCUACUUCAAAAAGAGGAUAAUUUUCUUUUAAUAAUAAUGAACAUUUAAUGUUAGAACUAUUUAAUGUGGAUAUAACUAGAGAAAUGUUGAGACACAGCUUUACUAACAAGGUAACCAAUCCAAAGUGUCCGGCAAGUGACCAAAUCUAAGGAGAACUGCCAAGGAAAAAGCUACUAGGUGAAAAUAGUAUUGUUUAUGUUUGUAUAACGAAUGCAUUAUAAAGAAUAUGUCAUCUUUAAAAAUAAAUCUCUUCAUGUAGAUAAUGACUCUAACA